AUGUCUGAGAUCAAGACGGACGUUGGCAGCGUCGACAGCGCGUUCGACGUACAAACACCAAUCCUCGAAAACAUGGUUGUAGGAGUACCGCCAGUGUUUGAAGGGCUCACCAAGCAGCUCGACAAGAUUGUUGAGCAGCCACUGCUCGGUCCGAAAGCCAAGUUCCCCGCAGCUACGUUUGCAUUUGGACGUAAAAAUGUAUCUGGCAGGCGGUUACCACAGGCUAUUGCCCACCGAGGGUACAAGGCCAAGUUCCCUGAGAACACUAUGGGGGCGUUCAAGGGAGCAGUUGAAGUAGGCGCAGAGGGUCUGGAGACAGACGUACACCUGACGAAAGAUGGUGUAGUCGUACUAUCUCAUGACAAGGACCUGAAGCGGUGUUUUGGCAGAGACGAGAAGGUUAUAGACUGCAACUAUGAGUUCAUAAGUAAGCUGAGGACAUUAAAAGAACCCCACGAGAAGAUGCCUCGUCUUUUGGAUCUGCUCGAGUAUCUUGCACAACCUGGACUCGAAGAUAUCUGGGUGUUGCUCGAUAUCAAGCUUGACAACAACGCGGACGAUGUGAUGCGCUUGAUUGGUGACACAAUUCGGAGCGUCCCUCCGUCACCAUCUAGGCCAUGGCAGAAGCGUAUCGUGCUAGGGUGCUGGGCAGCCAAGUACCUUCCGCUAUGCUCACGGUACCUGCCUGGCUUCCCAAUCUCGCACAUUGGCUUCUCAACGCUGAUUGCGUCGUAUUUCUUUACUGUACCGAACGUCUCUUUCAACAUGGCACAGGCCAUUCUCAUGACGCCAUGGGGUCGGCUGUUUAUACGGAAAGCUCAGAGCGACUGUCGGCCCGUGUACGCAUGGACGGUGAACGAGGAGAGCCGGAUGCGAUGGGACAUACGGCACGGCCUUGAUGGCGUCGUGACGGACGACCCGAAGCUAUUUCUGGAGGUUCGGAAGUCGUGGCACGAGGGAACGAGAGACGGGGUGACGAUGAUGACAUGGCUGGACGUGCUGCGGAUCAACUUCUUCUGUCUGAUAUACACGGUCUUGUUCCAGUGUUACUUUGGGUUUCAGCGUAAGUCACUCGUCAAGAUAAGAGAAGAGGAGGAGCAAGAAAUAAUAACACUGCAGGCUGGCCAAUGCGGCAACAGCGUCGGGCAGCAGUUCUGGCAGCAGCUCUGUCAAGAACACGGUAUCAAUCGCGAUGGCAACCUCGAGGACUUUGCGACAGAGGGCGGUGACCGCAAAGACGUCUUCUUCUACCAGUCAGACGAUACCCGCUACAUUCCACGCGCCAUUCUUCUGGAUCUCGAGCCCAGGGUCCUCAAUUCCAUCCAGUCGAGCGCUUACAAGAACAUCUACAACCCCGAAAACUUCUACAUACACAAGGAUGGCACCGGCGCCGGAAACAACUGGGGCAUGGGCUACAGCAUGGGCGAGCAGGUGCACGAGGACAUUUUGGAUAUGAUUGACCGUGAGGCUGACGGCUCAGACUCACUCGAGGGUUUCAUGAUGUUGCACUCCAUCGCUGGUGGUACUGGAUCCGGUCUCGGCUCAUACAUGCUCGAACGAUUGAACGACAGAUUCCCAAAGAAGCUUAUCCAGACAUACAGUGUCUUUCCCAACACACAGGACGGCGACAUCGUCGUCCAACCAUACAACAGCUUGCUGAGUAUGAGACGCUUGACACAAAACGCAGACUCCGUGGUUGUCCUCGAUAAUGGAGCCUUGACAAGGAUUGCCGCAGACCGACUGCAUGUUAUGAACCCCUCGUUCGAGCAGACCAACCAGUUGGUGUCCACCGUCAUGUCCGCUAGUACCACGACCCUCCGUUAUCCUGGAUACAUGCACAACGACCUUGUGGGUAUCGUUGCAUCGCUCAUUCCCACACCGCGCUGUCAUUUCCUCAUGACUUCUUACACCCCCUUCUCCGGCGAGAACGUAGAGCAGGCCAAGACUGUUCGCAAAACAACCGUCUUGGACGUUAUGAGACGACUCUUGCAGCCCAAGAACCGCAUGGUCUCUACAAACCCCACCAAGAAGAGCUGCUACAUGUCCAUUUUGAACAUUAUCCAGGGAGAGGCCGACCCUUCAGAUGUGCACAAAUCACUUAUGCGCAUUCGCGAACGACGUCUCGCUACCUUUAUACCGUGGGGCCCCGCCUCUAUUCAAGUCGCCUUGACUAAGAAGUCUCCCUACGUGACCUCCUCACACCGAGUUUCUGGACUUAUGCUUGCGAAUCACACAGGUAUCGCCACACUCUUCAAGCGAAUAGUAGCGCAAUACUCCACGCUCAGAAAACGUAACGCUUUCCUUGAGAGCUACAAACGUGAAGUGCCCUUCAAAGAUGGUCUCGGCGAGUUCGAUGAAGCCAAGGAAGUUGUACAAGGUCUGAUUGCAGAAUACGAAGAGGCUGAGGAUGCCGACUAUCUUACCAAAGAGACAGCGCCGCCUGCAGCUGAAGCUGACGAUGCGAGAGUGGGCUAA